GCGUGGGACGUAAGGCAAAGAGAGAGAGGAGAGAGAGCCUUCCUUAGGAGUGUCUUAAGAAGUGGUGAUGGGUAGGGAGGGGGCAAGUCUCUCCCUCAACAAUCUGCAGUGCAACAUUGAAAUGUGGCAGUAGUCAGUUCCACAGGUUUGACUGUGUACAAUGCCACUAAUAGCCUGGGGAAACCACGUGGAGUGACUCCACAUUUACAAAGCAGCAUUGCAAUGAGGAAAGAAAACAGCGGCAGGUAUUUGGAGAAUGAUAGGGACACCUCCUUUGAUGAGCAAACCGAAACCAGUUACUGUAAACAUACAUGCCCAAAGCUUCCUGUAAAAAGAUAUUGUCAGAAAAACACACCACGGUCGUAUGAAAACAAACUCAAAUCUGCUUUCGUUGUACAGUUCGGAAUGGCUAGUGAUAUGGAGCCAGAUAGCACCAUGAAGUGUCUCCUGUGUCAGAACUUCUUAUCUGACCCGACGACUAUACCAUGUGGGCACAACUUUUGCAUGAAGUGUAUAACGCGUUGUUGGGACAUGGAGAUCUACUCGGGAAUCUACACUUGUCCCCGAUGCAAGAGGACCCUCACCGUGAGGCCCACUCUGAGCAGGAACGUGGCUCUGGCCAACAUGGUCCAACAAGUCAUUGAUCUCAGGCAGAGAGUGCCUGGGGCUGGGGGAGACGAAGUAAGGAAUAAGAGGCCGAUAGCUGUCACCAAAGACAAGUUGAGGAAGAAGACAAAAGAGUGGGAGGAAGACUUGGAGAAGCUGAGAGCCAAAAUGCUUUCACUUGAGAAAUCUGCCGAGGCAGCAUCACAGGUGAGCGAGGGGAUUUAUACGAAACUGCUGAACACCAUAGAGAGGAAGAGAGAGGAGCAUCGACAACACAUGACGGAGAAGAAGAAAGCCCUUAUGAGCCAGGCCGAGGCUGAGGAGAAAUGGCUCAUCUGCCAAAUCUCCAACCUCGGCAAGAGAGACACUGAGCUGAACAGCCUUGGUACACCCAACUGGGACAAAUCAAAACACUCACAGAUAUAUGAAAACAUCAAUAUGAUUCUGCAGCAAGAAAAACAACCUUCUGAGUUUAUCCGUGAUUACAAUUUCUUGACAAUUGUUGACACAGAUUUGAGCGAUUUGAGAGUCUGUGUAGAGGCAUUGUGGAACGAGACUUCACAGAAUACUCAAAAGAAAGCUCCAGUAAUCAAACCCCGGCUUAAAGUACCAGAUGUCAAUAAAAAAAUAAAUGUCAUCCGGCCCUUGACCAACCAGGAAGUCAUACCACUUAAGGAAAUCAUAACAGAGGUGAGCUGUAGAAUAUUAAACAACAACAACAAAGAAAUCAGGAUUACUUUGUAUUGAAACCUCAGACUGACAGAGAAACAGGUUCGACCAGAUUGAAUAGCAG